AUGGCCGGGGCAGCCGGGCCGCCCCUGCCGCGGCUGCUGCUGCUCCUGCUGCAGCUCCUGGCGCUGCCCGCCGGCCGCGGAAACCGCACCGGCCCCGACUCCCUGUAUGUGUCCGAGUACUUCUCCCAGAGUGCACAGAAGCUGUCCUUCUACAGCUGGUAUGGGAACGCCAAGCUCUUCCACUUCCACGUGCCAGAAGACACUGUGCUGCUCCGCUGGCUCCUGCAGGCGUCCCGGGGGAAAGGACCCGAGUGCACCAGCAUGGAGAUCACAGUGCACUUUCGCCACGGAGCCCCUCCGGUGAUCAACCCCCUGGGCACUGGCUUCCCUGCCAACGCCACCGUCCGUCCUUCCUACAGCAUCAGCAUCACCCUGAGCAGCGCUGUGCAGAACACCACCUUUGUGAACGUCACCACGCCCGCCGCAGGGGACUGGUUCAUCGCUGCCCACCUGCCCGAGGCUGCCGGCAGGAUCGAGGUGAAGGGUUUCUCCACUCCAUGCCCCUAUAUGUUCCAGGCAGAUAUGUUUGUGCUCAGACUCACUGAUAUGCCCGUCCUGGAGCCGGGUGUCCCCACGUCACACACCGUUGUCUCGCCUGCUAAGCCACUGCAUGUCAAGGUCUUUGUCCCCAAACAUGCCGCGGGGAUGCGGUUCCAGCUGCGGAGCUGCCUGACAAGCGACCAGAAAGCGUGUGCUGUGCGGGUGGUGCUGGGCUCCAUCACGCUGCCCCAGUCCUUCCAGAAGACCCUCACCUGCACAGGGAGUGCAAACUGCAGCCUGGCCCUGGAUUCGCCCCCCUGGGAGAAGUGGCUGCAGAUCAUGGUGGAGAGUCUCGGCACUGCCAAUGCCAGCGUGUCUGUGGAGAUGCUGGCUUCUUUCACAGUUUGCAGGCCAGGAAGUGCCAGUUCAUUCCUUAACUUCAUCAGCCUAAACCAGAGCCAGGCUGGUGCCAGGCCAGGCACCACAGGGGCAGCAGGGAGCCCCGCCCAGGCUGCUGGAGAGGCUCCACGCAACACAUCUGGCCAGAGGAGCUCCUGCCUGCAGAACCAGCCCGUGGUGCGAGAGGACCUGGACGUUGUGUCCGUGCGCUACAGGCUCCUCAACGGCCCCAGCGUGCCCGUGAACUCCCUGUCCCCGACCCUGCUCCUGCUCAACCUGAACACUGGCAUGGACAGCGGGGGUUCCCUCGUGGUCAGUCUGCUGCUCAACAAGACAUCUGUGAGCCUGGCCAAUGCCACCGUGGUUGGAUGUGUGAGUGCUGCCUCCCCGGUGCUGUCCCUCAAUGCCACACGGAACUGCAGCACAGCUUUUUCCCAGGGCUACCCUCUGAGUGUGAGCACGGCCUCCGCAGAGGCGAUGCUGAUUGUCCUGUACCCGCAGACUGAUGACUGGUUCCUGUCCCUGCAGCUGCUCUGCCCAAAGGGCCAGGGAGAAUGUCCAAGUGCAGAAGCCAAAGUGACGGUGUUCGCGUACCUCACCCCCUGCUUCAACGACUGCGGCCCCUACGGGCAGUGCAGCCUCCUGAGGAGACACGGGUACCUCUACGCUGCCUGCAGCUGCAAGGCUGGUUGGGGCGGGUGGAGCUGCACGGACGACACCAAGGCCCAGUCCAUCGGGGCACAGAACUUGGCCGCCCUCCUGCUCACCCUGAGCAACCUCAUGUUCCUGCCAGCCAUAGCAGUCGCUGUCUAUCGCUACUACCUCGUGGAGGCCUCUGUCUACACCUACACCAUGUUCUUCUCCACGUUCUACCACGCGUGUGACCAGCCGGGCGUUGCGGUGCUGUGCAUCAUGGACUACGACACGCUGCAGUACUGUGACUUCCUGGGCUCCGUGGUGUCCAUCUGGGUCACCAUCCUGUGCAUGGCCCGGGUGAAGAAGAUCCUGAAAUACGUCCUUUUCAUCUUGGGGACCUUGUUAAUUGCCAUGUCCCUGCAGCUGGACCGCAGAGGGGUGUGGAACAUGAUGGGUCCCUGUCUCUUCGCCCUCGUCAUCAUGAUUGCAGCGUGGGUUCACCACGGAACCAAACGCAGGCACUGCUACCCCUCCUCGUGGAAGCGCUGGGUCUUCUACCUCCUCCCAGGGAUCACCUUGGCUUUCAUUGCCAUCUCAGUGUAUGCAUUCAUGGAAACCAAUGAGAACUACUACUACACCCACAGCAUCUGGCACGUCCUGGUGGCCUGCAGCGUCGCUUUCCUGCUCCCUCCUCGGGACAAGCAUAAGAAGCCCUGGGCUUGGUCCAAGAAGCUCACUUGUCGCUACCAGAUCUGCCAGAACGACCGUGAGGAGCUCUAUGCUGUGACCUGACCUGCCCAGCUCCCUCUUGUGUGGGUGGAGGGCUGGGGAAGCUGCUCUUUGCCUGGGCUGCCCCUCGCACAUGGUCAAUCCUCUUACUGCUCAUCCCCUGGCCAGGAGGGCCCAGUGUGGACCGGGUUUAAAGGUGAAGAUGGUGGGCUGGUCUUGUGGAGGGCAAGUUUGAGGCCACCUCUGCUUUUCUGCUGGGGUGGGGCAGGCUCUUCGUGGUUCCAGAUCAAGGAAUAGCCUGUCCCCCACCUCCCCAUGGCCCUGGGGGAAAUUGCCAACCCUUUUUCCCCCCUGCUGCAUCCAUGAGGCUUGGGCUUUGCCCAUGCUGAGCUGGAGCCAAGGCUUUGGCUGCUGGGCUCUUCUCUGUGACCCCUGUCCUGGCAGAGGCCUGUGGGACAGGGGCUUCCCCUGCCAUCCUGCAGUCAGCACUUGAACCCCAGAGAAGUUCUUCUGAUCUGGGGGGCAAAUGCUGCUGCGUGCCCUUGGUGCUGCUGGGGAGGGAGGGAGCUGAUCUCUGCGAGCGCUGGGCCCUUGGCCUCAGUCUCCACGGGGGUCUGGAGCCUUUCCCCCUGUGAAACAGGUGCUGCUGCUCUUACCUGGUCCUGAUUCUGGCGGGGAAGAAUGAGGCUAGGACUUGGGCCCUGGAUUCAGGAUCAGACUUGGCAGGAAUGUGAAAAAACCCACGUGGGGACACGCAAGAGGCAGCAGCAGCACCUCAGCCA